GCUCAUGUUAUACAUGGGGGAAUAUGAGAGCGGCGGAGGAACCGAAAGCGACAGCAGAAUCCCUGGCGAUAAGUAUAACGAUAAAUAGUGGUCGUGAAAUGGGGGAGAGUCAAUGCCAAACCGCUCAGAACAGGCUGUCGUAAAAGGAAAAUCGUAUUUUGGUGUUCUGCUUUUUUAUAUCUAUAAAUUUGGCGUGGACUGGGGUAAGGCACCUCCCUGCCUGCUCUGCGCCGGGGUGUGUGCGUGUUUUUCGGCUAGGCUUCAUCGCAUCACCGCGCUGCAGUGUGUUACUGGAACCGAACUGAGGUGCCACGCCGCCGGUUACUGCUGUCCUGCGCCGUCGGCUGAUACUAUGUCAAAAACAGAGAGAGACAAAGUAACACUGCGAAUCAAUCCUACUGACCUAUGCAAUGAAAAAAUGUCAACUUUGCUCUCUAUCAGCUGUGGUUUGUAGCCAUAAAGAAGUACAAGUGUGCCGAAAAAUAUAGUGGAGCGAUUUUUAAAAAGCUUUGAAAAGCAGCGCAAUAGGCAGCCCGCAUGGAACGAGCAGGAAGCAUCCAACUUGAUAUUCCGGACUUCAGCAACUCCGUCCUGUCGCAUCUGAACCAGUUGCGAAUACAGGGCCGUCUAUGUGACAUCGUGGUCAAUGUUCAGGGCCACAGUUUUCGUGCCCACAAGGUGGUCCUCGCCGCCAGCUCCCCCUACUUCAGGGACCACAUGUCACUGAGUGAGAUGAGCACUGUGUCCAUAUCAGUGAUCCGCAACCCAACCGUGUUCGAGCAGCUCCUUUCAUUUUGCUACACGGGACGCUUGUGCUUGCAGCUCGCCGAUAUCAUCAGCUACCUGACGGCUGCCAGCUUCCUUCAGAUGCAGCACAUUAUUGACCGUUGCACCCAGAUUUUGGAGGGAAUCCACUUUAAAAUCAGUUUGUCAGAUGUGGAAGAGGAGCUUGGGAAUGGGGCCCACAGGACCGCCAACCAAACCAUUGAGUCAGGAAGAGGUGGGACCGGGCUAGGUGGGUCCCGCUCCCUAAGUCCCAGACAUACCAGUUCCCGAUUGAUUGGCAACACUGGGGUGAUCAGCAUCCGUGAUGUGAGGGAAGUCAGAGAGAUCAGUCCCCCUGGUGAGUCCAUGAGCCCCCAGAUAGUAGAGCACAGUGGCAUUGGCUCGGAGGAGGUGGGAACUGGGAAAGAGCCCAUUCUCCGUAUUAACCGAGCCGGGCAGUGGUAUGUCGAGACGGGGACUGAGAUGGAGAGAGGUGGAGAGGAGAACGUGCGGAUGGUAGAUGGGUUUCGGAUUAAGACGGAAAGGAUGGAUGAGUGGAUGGGGGCGGAGACCCAGGCAUCGGCGGAGGAGGGCAGUGGGGCCGAGGAGGGGCCGACGGUGAUGAUUGACACCUCAGGACGUAGCACACUGGUGCAGGAAGGAGGAAGAGGUGGGAAAAGCUCCCAGCCGUCCAGUAGCUUCAGUGAAACAGAGAGGUUUAGUCCAACAGGAAGUGUGGUUGUGAUGGCUGAUCGCCAGAGAGCCAAGAGUGAGUCUCCAGGAAGAGUUGACGAUCAGAGACACCCCACCUCACAGGGAGAGGAACAAGCCGUGUUUGACAUGGGGGGAUACGAGGAGUACCUACGAGAACAGGUAGGUGACCGGUGGUUCCGCUACAACCCCCGUCUCACCUGCAUUUACUGCUGCAAGUCCUUCAACCAGAAGGGCAGCCUAGAUCGCCACAUGCGCCUGCACAUGGGCAUUACCCCCUUUGUUUGCCGAAUCUGCGGGAAGAAGUACACCCGCAAGGACCAACUCGAGUACCACAUCCGUAAGCACACAGGAAACAAGCCCUUCCAUUGCCAUGUCUGCGGCAAGAGCUUCCCGUUCCAGGCAAUCCUCAACCAGCACUUCCGCAAGAACCAUCCAGGCUGCGCCCCACAGGAGGUGUCCCACAGUGCCUCGCCCGAGACCACCACGGUCACCUCCCGUGGAGGCCAAAACGAAGAUGAGUCGCCCUCCCAGGAGGAUGCCGAGGGCAAUGGUGGAGGGGGAGGUGCCGGGUCGUCCUUCGGAGAAGGGGUCCAACCUUCGGUAUCCACCACUGGGCCCGACUGAACGGCUUUGAAGGAAAACGUUACAAGUUUAGGGAGACACAGGACAGCGGGGUCCAACAGGACCUUCUCUUGAGAGUUCCCUCUGUCCCAUGUCUCCCACCAUCCACACUGAAAUUGCAAGUUGGAAGGAGUUGAGUGAGCAGGAGGUUCUCUCAGCUGCUGUCAACGAAGAAGCGGAUAAAAUAAGGGAGAGUCUUCUGCGUCCUAUUUGGACGGAGAACCUCUAUUUUUUCCAGUGAUAACAAAGAUGCAAGGAACAAUUUGCUAGAAAUAGUAUUCUCUAGGGAUUUAUAAAUGGUAUUUCCGCUUUAAACCGCAUCUACCUUCACCAUACAAACUGAACAGGACAUCAAUAUAUGAAGACAAGCCACACUCCAACAACCUCACACACCACUGGAUGCAGUGAUUUUUGUUUUCUUUUUUUUGUUUUUAGUCUUUCCUGUCUUUUAUAUGUUACAUUUUUUUAUAUUUUUGUACUACUACAGAUCUUUCAGGAUAAACUAAAAGAGAAGCUCUAGCUAUGAUUUGGUCAAAUUGCAUCGAAAUUGCCAAACUUCUCUGUGCCAGAAGAUGAGUUAUAAAAUGAGAGGACAUCGUAGUCCUUCGCUACUUUGCCUUGAGACAAUCCUGAUAAAUUAACCUGGGGCUAGACUUUGCACUCCCCAGCCAUGGCAAGCUUAGGAAAACGGGUUCAGUUUUUUAUUAGGGACCCUCAGGUCUGACCUAACAUCAGAUUCUUGAUUUAUUUUUUUGUUUUGUGUUAAGUGCUGAUCCAGCCUGCCAUAGAACCGAAACUCAUUGCUCACAAUUAGCCUCAACGCAAGGAAAUUGUAGUUCUAGAACUUCGGGUUUGUAACAAGAAACAGUCACGUCAUAUUAUUUUACUUUUACUGUUGGUGGAAAUACUGUGAUAUAGGAACGCUGGUGAAAAGACGAAGGUAGAAUAUAGCAGUGACAUAUGUAUUUAUUUCACAUUUAAUUCCCGUUAAGGCCUUCAUACAUCUCCGAACUCAACAACUCAGCUGCUGAAUGUUGGCGAUACAGUGAUAUAAAAUACAGGAAAUCCUUCAACCUCAGAUAAGCUACAAUAGACCGCUCAGUUACCUCUCUCUCACAUCAAUACGCAAUACCGAUCUGUCGCACACAGAUGCGUGGAUGCACUCAGCCGAAUUUUAUGUUCAGUGUUUAUUUCUUUUCAUACGUUUUAAGUCGCUCAUUGAGAUUCGCAAGUCUCACCAAAUUGUUUUACUGGUCUGGCGAUAUUUUGUUUGUAAGAAUGUGUUUGAGCAGGGGGAAAGGUGUCCCUCAGAGGACAUAACCUUCUUCCUUUUUUGUGUCAAGAAAUGAGUCUGAGGCAGAGACGAACCAAAACACGGACUUGGUCGUCGAUAUUGUUUAGGAAAACAGAAACCGUAUGUCUGUGAUGACUGGGAAAUGCCGAAAUGCCACGGAAUGACUUUGAGUGCAAGAUUUCCCUUCAUCUGAUGGAAGGCACUUUAACCUUGGGGUCAAGUGCCUUUACACUUGGCUUAUGAACAGAUGUUUCCAGCUGGUGCUAUGACGUGAAUUUACUGAAGUUUUCAGUAACCAAAGGAACUGAAUUUUAUUGUGGAAGAUCUUAAACCCUUAAGAUUUCGAAGGGCGAAGAGGAAAAAAGAGAUUACAUCAGGCACUUAAAGAAUGGGUGGGGGUGUUUUUUGUUUUGUUUUUAGAAUAUUUGUAUAUCUAUAUACAUGUCACUUAUGCAUAUUUAGACAAAUUUAUACUUGUAAUAACUAUUCAGAGACAGUUUCUAGAACGAUAAACAAAAGCAAAGGCGUUUUAAGUGAAAGUAAAGCUGUUAUCAUUUUUAUAAGGCUGUGAAUCACACUUGGUUGUGACCGAUUUCUUAAGAAAGGGUUGAUGCAUAUAAAAAUCAGCUACUGAUGUUUCCAAUAGGGAUUUUGUGCACCUCACUUCAUAAAAACACAGGUUAGAACUUACAUUUACCAUUUCUCACAUCUGUGAACACAGGUCAGCAGGUAAACACUUCUUAUAAAUAUCAGGAACUCACUGUUUACUUUUUGUGUUUACCUUUUUUGGUUUGUACCAAGCAGAUUUUCUUACUUGGAAUUCUAGCUCUGGGUAACUUGGGUCGACAUAUUUCACAAGUGCAGCAAAAAAACUGACAUACAUAUGAACUUUUCCUCUCAAUGUAAAUACCCAUGCCUCAGAAGCAGUCGCAGUGAAAUACAAUCCUGAAACUGUAUAAUUUCACGUUUGUUGUACAGCGCAGAAACCAGGUAAAUAGAAGAGCAUGUUAAUAUUGCUUUUAUUUGUCAAAAUGCAACCUCAUGAUAAUAGAGAAGGGCAAAUGAUUUUGUCUGUAAACAACAUAAUCAUAACCUAAUAUGUUAUAAUAUACCAAGAAAAGAUGUUUGUUUUAUGGACUUUGCCUUUAAGUUGAAAUUUAGAUUUGGGGCAUGGGCCUGUUUUGUGUAUGCCAAUCAUAUAAGGGUGAUAGUGACUUAAAUUAUCUCUAUGUGAAUGAAUUAACUGCAAUUUAAUAACAAGGGAUCUAUAUCUGUAAUCAGUCAUUCCAGUUAUUGUACUGCACAUUUUAGCAGUCUAAAUUUAAUCAUAUUAAUUUGGGUUUUAGGGCUAAUGAUAACUUUCAGCAUGUUUUCCCUUUGUGCAUAUCUAUCGUUGACCUUCAAAACAUUGAUGGUUGACCAACCUGCCUGUUUUUUAUUUUAUUUUAAACAAUAUUAUUCAUUCAAAUAUUACGUUUGGCUUUUGUAUUUGUUUUUAAGCUUUAAGGAACAUGGCGGAGGAUAAAUGUGUUGCUACAGUGUAUAUAUUAGGCUGUAAUAUUUAAUGUUUCUAUAUGACAAUACAUCUACUGCAGUUUAAUGGUAUUGACUGAACAAGUCAUUUCUAACCAAAUUAUGUCUAAUCUUAACAGUGUUACAGAAUGUGUAGUUUUGAACGGAACAGAACUACUUUUAAAGCAAUAUUUCACCCCAUUUCCAAUUCUGAAAUUACUUUCAGAUAAAGUGUUGCAGAAUUAUAACACACCAUAAUGAACACAAGAUCUUUUAAAAAGUUGCGAAACUGAUACCCAAUUGAUUUUCACAAGAAAAAACUUUUCAAAGCAGUUAUACAUAUUGGCAAAUGUGAUAAAAUUAGUUUCAGCGAUUACAUUUACCUCAUGAUUUUUUAUUUUAGUUUUUCAUGGUCUAGCUUGUGAAAAGUGAUACAAUGCAUGUCUCUUAGUAGUUUAUUUUGGGGAAGACCGAAUGACAACACUGAGCCAUAUCUUCAGAGUUUGUUCAGUCUUGUCACUCUGGAGCAAAUAUUUUGUACAAGCAACACAUUUCCGAAGAGGACACUUCAAUGCAAAUAACCGACGUAUAUAUUUCAACACUGUCUGAAUAAGCAAGCAAACGUGAUGCUUUGUCAAAAAAAGUUGUCAGUUGUUUUCUUACCUCAAAAGAGUCUUUGUACAAGGAAACAAGACAUUGUUUUUCUACUGACCCUCAGUAGAAAUUGUUUAUUUGCAUGUUGUCUUUGUCUUUUGUAAUGGCCAAACAUAAAGACAUUUCCAGGCAUCUAAAUUUGCACCAAGAGAAGCCAAAAUAUUGACCUUUACGAUUUGUCUCGCUAUAUUGUUUUAUCUUGCAAAAAGCAAUAUAGUCUGUAAAGUUCUUUCCAUGUGUCUUAUGUUAAUCACUUUAAUUUAAAUCAUACUUUAGAAAUAUUUUAUUUUACAUAACCAUGAAAUAAAACAAAAUAUAAUAGGUAUUUUAUUGUUAAAAAAUGUCCAAAAUCCAAAACAUAAGAAUUAUCUUAGAAAUCAGUUACUCUAAUUUUAAUAGCAAACCAGUAUAUUUAUUGAAAAAGUAAAUGUUUAAAAAAAAUAUGAAAUUAUAUUCAUAGGUGAUUAAGUAUAAUUACUUAUUUGAAAUUAAUCAGUUUAUAAUUACUUAAAAUUUUAGACUUUUCACAUUUAAAAUGGUACAGGAAUCAGAAAGAUUAAGCAUUAAUAAUGUGAAUGCCAUUUUCACAAUAACCACUGUUUUAUUUUUUCCUCACUGGCAGUGUCAAGUCCAUUCUUCUAAAUAGAAACAAAGCACUUUAAGUGUAACUGUGAAGGAUUUUUAAUUAUGUUCUUUAAAUGUAUAAUUAUGUAAGCCCAGAUUGUGUGAUACUGCUAAACCCAAAUUUCUAAUAUGAAAAAAUAAACCUGUUUUAUCCUU